CCUCUGAUCGAGUGUGUUACUAAGGCUCGAGCUCUCUGUUUUCUCGCUCUUCUCUUUUCUCUGUAAAUGGCGCAAUGAUGUAGAUAAGGAGAACAUUUGAGACUCUCCGUGACAUGCGCUAUUCGGGAUAAUGCGGGAUUCGGCGUGAAGACUGAGGCGUGAACGUCCGAAAGAAGAGGAGGAUGUGGCAGAGUGUUGGUUUGACCGUGUUGGUGAUCGUGGCCACGCUGAUAUGUGUCCUCCUCUUCAUGCUCUUCGGGUGGUACGUGGUGUGGCAGCUCUUCCUGUCUAAGUUUAAGUUCCUGCGGGAGUUGGUGGGAGACACCGGUUCUCCGCAGGCUGAAACCGAGCCCUCCGAGUCCGAGAGUGAACGCAGCUCGCCCCCGACGCCCCGCCACAGACCCAAAAGCGCUCGCCAAAGGAUCGUCCCUCCUGACAGCACUACAUAGAGCCCUGAGCCAGAUCUCCUCCAGUUCACCGCCAUAAGCGUUAUGCUGUUUUAGGCUGGACGUGAGGUCAUUUGUGUCCUGGACCUGCAUCAGUCACUGUGCUCUCCUUCACAUCCACUCAUCAUGGUUACACUCCUUCACAGUCGGUCUGAAGACACGGUUUUUUUUGUAUGUACCGGCUGAGCCACACGUUCAU